AUCAGUCAAUACAUUCAUUCUCUAUUAUCUAGGUUCAGAGCGCCUGAUCUGUUGCCACGAGUAUCGAAGUCUCUUCAGCUGCGUCUGGCGACAUUCCUGGUUUACUGUCCACCACUCCGUGUACCACUCACGACUCUAUCACCACGAAUGGUACACUACAAAUGAUGCAAUGAAUCAUUGACGACACAUCUACCCACAACCCAACCAAUGUCAUGAUGAUCAGCCCUUGACCGAUAUUGGAUCUCCGACCAUAUCCUCACCCAACCUCACCCACCGUACCUUUUCUUUCUUUUCUUCUCCCUCCUCAACAAUAACAUGGAACCCCGCGCCCGCGCCGGGCGACACAAGGCCGGCCUAAACUUUGGCGCCGAACUCGAAGGACUCCUCCACGGCUAUGGGGCAGCCGAACACCCCGAUCUCUCUAAACCUAUCGGUGUAUCAUCUCAAAGAUAUUUGGACAACCCUCGAAGCAACAACGGCAACAACACACACCCUCCCACGCCCUUUAACAAGCCUUUCCCAGAAACGAUCCGAGUCCUCGACGAGAUGUUGACCGACUUCAUCAUCGAAACAUGUCAUAAUGCUGUUACAAUCGCGACAUAUUCUGGACGUGCCAAACUCAAGCUUUCGGACUUUGAAUUUGUCUUGCGCCGCGAUGCGGUCAAGUUGGGUCGUGUGCAGGAGAUGUUCAAGAAGAAGAGAGAUAUUGAUAAUAAGAAGAAGUUAUUCGAUACCAAUGAGGGGAAGGAGGGCGCGAAGAUGAAUGUCGGUGAUUUGAUGAACCUGGGUGAGGUUAUUGGUGAGGAGGGCACUGGGAAAGGAAAAGGUCGAGGUCGAGGUCGUAGGAAGAAGAGGGACAGAGAGGCGGAGGCCGGUGGCGAUGCAGCUGGUGUUGGCGCUGCUGGCGAUGAUGAUCAUCGCGACGAACAUACAAGCAAGAAGCCACGCAGUGAGGUGGGUUGAAGAGAUGCUAGACAAAACGGCAUCCUUACUAUCUUUUCGUCCAAGUUGAAACCGCAAUGGGGCCUUUCAUCCGUCGACAUACGCUGUUUGUUACAGCAGGGGCUUCAACGACUUUACACAUAUCACGGAUCACGAGAGAUGACGCUCCAAGCACGACUCUAUCUCGACAUCUCACAGGUGGAAAUCAUCUCUCAAUAUCGAUUGUCUGAAAAGGCUCAUCCAAGCCCACUUUCUACCUAUGACAGCCGGAGCUGUCCAACGGCAAACACAUGGUAGCUUGCCAGAUCCUCAGCAGUCAUACCCACCACGACUCAACUCUUGCUAUGCAUUGGGUCGAUCCUGGUGUGGAUAUCACCUGAACAAGAACAGGUGCUAUGCCCCCACAAGGCCUGUGCCUUGAUCUUCUGUAUCACGACCCCAGACGCCGGACUUUUUCUGUGUCUAUCAGGCCUUGAAAUUGAACGACAAGUCCAAAAAGGCACCGGGCACAUCACGCAUGCACCAUGUUCAUAGAUAACCUCGCAUCAUGUAUCAUAGCUUUAGAGAGAAAACAUGAGAAUCGUC